GCGUCGCCGCUGUGGGCCGCUCCGGUUACCGGGGCAACCGUGGCGCUUCCUCCUUGUGGGCCGCGACCGUCUCUCGGCGCCAUUUUCAAACUGAGCUGGUGCCGGAGCCAUUGGGCGCAGCGGGAGGAGUCAGUGAGGACGGCGGGUCCCCAGGGCGAUGCGCCGCGCGGGGAAGCGGCGACGGGAACGGCGGAGCAUCUCUUGCAGUGAAACUUUGAGGGCUGUGUGGAUCCUCCCUCAGGACUUUGACUGUGGAGAGUGAGUAAAGCCGGCCUGGGAGACGAGAUGAGCACGGCCGCGGAAAGGAAGUACAUCAAUGUGAGGAAGAGGCUGGACCAGCUGGGCUACCGCCAGACUCUGACUGUGGAGUGCCUGCCUCUGGUGGAGAAACUCUUCAGUGAUUUAGUUCACACAACAGAAAGCCUGCGGCAGUCCAGGUUGUCCUCGGCAAAGGCGGAAAAGGAAAGUGCCAACUUCGAUUUUGUUUUGGAGCCUUAUAAACUUGAGAAUACAAGACUGAGCAGGGAGAAUAAUGAAUUGUAUCUGGAGUUGAUGAAGCUGAGAGAAUGCUCAGACCAGCACAUUAAAGAGUUGAAAACUACAUUAAAAAAGUGUGCACACGAGACAGCUGAUCUGAAGUUUCUGAAUAACCAGUAUGUUCAUAAGCUCAAACUCCUGGAGAAAGAGAGCAAAGCUAAGAAUGAGAAAAUCCAACAGCUUCAAGAAAAGAAUUUGCAUGCUGUAGUACAGACUCCCGGAGGCAAGAGAAGAAGCAUUGCAUUUAGGCGUCAGCGGAUGCAAAUUGAUGAACCAGCCCCACCCUCUGAAGUCAGUUCAUACCCAGUUCCACAGCCAGAGGACCCAUAUAUUGCAGACCUCCUGCAAGUGGCUGAUAACAGGAUUCAGGAACUUCAGGAGGAAGUCCACCAGCUGCAAGAGAAGUUAGCACUGAUGGAGAACGGGGUGAGAAAUUACAGCAAGCAGAUUGAGCUAAGAGAACGAGAAAUAGAACGACUAUCACUUGCUUUGGAUGGCGGCCGUUCCCCUGAUGUCCUGUCUCUGGAGACUAGAAAUAAAACCAAUGAAAAGCUUAUCGCUCACUUAAAUGUCCAGGUUGACUUCCUUCAACAAGCUAAUAAAGAGCUGGAGAAGCAUAUUCAAGAGCUGGUGGAAACCAAGGAAACGGUGACAAGCGAAGUUGUGAACCUCAGUAACAAGAACGAAAAGCUCUGCCAGGAGCUAACGGAAAUCGACCAGCUAGCGCAGCAGCUGGAAAGGCACAAGGAGGAAGUGCUGGAGACUGCCGACAAGGAGCUCGGGGAGGCAAAGAAAGAGAUUAAAAGAAACCUCUGUGAAAUGAGGAACCUUGAGGAAAAAAUGGCAAAACUUCAACUGGAAUUAGACUUAUGCCACAAGGAAAAGGAGAGACUGAAUGAUGAGCUCCUUCUGAAAUCAGACCUGGAAACUGUUGUUCAUCAGCUUGAACAAGAAAAGAACAGACUUAGCAAAAAAAUGGAAAGUUUUGCAGUCACAGAAAGAGAACUGACUUUGGAAGUUGAGAGGAUGAGGCUAGAACAUGGGAUAAAACGUCGAGACAAGUCGCCCUCUCGUUUAGAUACAUUCCUGAGAGGCAUAGAGGAGGAGCGAGACUAUUACAAGAAAGAACUGGAAAAACUCCAGCAUAUCAUCCAGCGGAGAACUUGUUCUGUAAAUUACUCUGCCCGGGAAAAGACCUCAAUACUCAAAUGCUCAGAAAAGGGCGAUCACAGUUCAGACAUUCAUCUGAUCUCAAGAGAACGAGAUGAGCUCCAACGCAUGCUAGAGAGAUUUGAAAAAUACAUGGAGGAUAUUCAGUGCAAUGUGAAGCUACUCACAGCGGAAAGGGACAAACUCAGUGUCUUGUAUAACGAAGCUAAGGAAGAGUUGUGUGCACUGAGAGAGGAUUCUACUAAUAUGACAGUCCCCAACAGUCUUGUUAGUUGUAUGGAGGAGAAAGAGCGUGCAUUAUCUGACUUAAGAAGAAUCACAGCAGAAAAGGAAGCUCUGCGAGAGAAGUUGAAGAAUAUCCAAGAAAUGAAUGUUUUUGGAAAAUCAGAAUUAGAGAAGACUAUUGAACAUUUGACAUAUAUGAAUCACCAGCUUGAACAUGAAAAAUAUGAAUUGCAAUCUAAAAUAUUAAUAAUGAAAGAAACAGUAGAGUCAUUGGAGACCAAAUCAAAACUCCAAGCUCAAAAGCUUAGCCACGUGGCUGGUGACUCAUCUCAUCAGAAAACAGAGAUGAACUCUCUUAGGAUGGUAAAUGAACAGCUGCAGCAGUCACUUGAUGACUGUCAGCAUCGACUUUCCAUAAAAAGAGGUGAACUUGAAUCCGCCCAAGAAGAAGUUAAAGUUCUGGAGGAAAAACUAGAAAAACUAAGCUGUAAGAUGGCAUCCCAGAGCGAAGAAGCUCACGCCUUGAAGAAGACCAUUGGCGUGAUUGACAAAGAGAAGGACUUUCUCCAGGAGACUGUGGAUGAGAAGACAGAGAAGAUCGCCAGCCUGCAAGAGAGCCUCAUCAGCAAAGAGAAAGCUAUUGCCCAGGUGAAGGUCACAGUCGUAGAGUAUGAAACAUCUUUGAACCAGCUAAAGGACACCUUGGCUAAUCGAGACCGAGAGAUAAACAGCCUCCGACGGCAGCUCGAUGCAGCUCACACAGAGCUGGAGGACGUUGGGAAAUCUAGGGAGAUCUCUUUUAAGGAAAACAGAAGGUUACAAGAUGACCUGGCCACGAUGGCAAGGGAAAACCAGGAAAUCUCAAUAGAAUUAGAAACAGCAGUACAAGAGAAGGAAGAGAUGAAGAGCAGAGUUCAUAAGUACAUCACGGAGGUGUCACGAUGGGAGAGCCUCAUGGCUGCGAAGGAAAAUGAAAACAAAGACUUGCUAGACAGAUUCCAGAUGCUUCACAACCGUGCUGAGGACUGGGAGAUCAAAGCCCAACAAGCUGAAGGGGAGAGCAGCUCAGUCCGCCUGGAGCUGCUGUCCAUUGACACAGAAAGAAGGCACCUGCGAGAGCGAGUGGAGCUCCUCGAGAAGGAAAUCCAGGAGCACAUCAAUGCACAUCACGCUUACGAGUCUCAGAUCUCAUCAAUGGCCAAAGCCAUGUCUCGGUUAGAAGAAGAGCUGCGACUUCUUGAAAGCGAGAAAGCAACAGUGCUAAGUGACAUGUCAUCUCUCCGAGAACUUUGCAUUAAGCUCGAUUCUGGCAAGGACCUCAUGACCCAGCAGCUGAAUUCCAAAAGCCUUGAGCUGGAGAGGGCAAUAGCAGAAUUAGAAAAUGUAAAAUCCGAAUCAGAACUGUUGAAAAAACAACUGACAAGUGAGAGACAGACAAUUAAAAAUCUGGAGUCGUUGUUAGCUACAAACAGAGAUAAAGAAUUUCAUUCCCAUUUAACCUCGCAUGAGAAGGACACAGAAAUCCAGCUGCUGAAGGAGAAGCUUAACCUCUCCGAGAGCAAACUAACUACCCAGAGCCGAGAAACCGCUAUGCUUCGAGCUAAAGUGACACAGUUGCAGGCCGAUUAUGAUGCUCUGAAAAGGCAGAUUUCAAAUGAGAGAUAUGAACGAGAGCGAGCAAUCCAGGAGAUGCGCCGGCAUGGUCUUCCUACGUCACCUCUGAGUUCUACUCUGAAAUCUCCUAUACAGUCUCCUGAGCAUGUAAAUGCAUAGUUAUCAGAGAGCUAUGUAUCGGAUUCUAAGGACAGAUAAUGGUUUUCAGUGAGUUCCCACAUGGAUUUUUGUAAGAGCACAAGAGUAAUGAAAUAUUUGAAGUACUUGUUCCUGCGAAUCAUGAACAGUGACACAGAUUCUACCUCUGUCAACCUUUAUUUAAAUCAGUGGAUAUUUAUGUAAAAAUGUUUAGUUUAGAAGAGCCCUACAUAUAUAUUUUCAUAUAUGUGAAAAACAAAAUGUGUAUUAAUAAUAGUGCUUAACUGAUGUGAUAUGUGUAUUUUUAUUAUUCACAACUAAAAUUACUCCUUAAAAUGUAUUUAUACUGUGAAUUAAUUUAAUAUACUCAUAUUAUACUUUAAUAAUCUGUUUCUUAUUGAGCCAUAAUAUAUGCAUGUAAAUAUUCUUCCCUUAUUUGGAUGUGCUUGGUUUUCAUACCUGUGUGUAUAGCCUGUAGCAUGAUCAGCUAAGAGAAUGGUCCAUUUGAUGCUUUUCUCUUAGGUAGCAUCAGUCCACAUUUGCUGUCUGUCAUCCAGGGGAAUAUAUUUAAAUAUAGUCUUAAUAGCACAACUCUAUUUUUUUAAUAAAAGAAAGAGUUUAUUUGAACUUACGGUUCCAGAGGAAUAGAGUCCAUCAGGGAAGUGUCAGGCAAAACGGGAGGAACAGGAAACUGGGUGAUCACAUCUUUACCACAGCACAAAGAAGAAAGUGAACAGGAAGUAGGGAGAAACUGUACUCUGAAAGCCCUUCCCCCAGGAACAUACUUGCUCCGGUAAGUUUGUUCCUCCUAAGCCUCCCCAGAGUGUUGAAGUAUCUCAGCCUAUGGGUACAUUUCUCAUUCAAACCAUCAUGUUUUGUAAAGCCAAAAAUUUAACUGCUAACAUUUCUCUUUUUCCUGAGAUGUUUUUAUUAUUUCUGAAGGUUCAGAUUUACUGGAGAUCAAUAAGUUCAGCUACUUGCUCGAAAAUCAUUUAUAUUACCAUCAACUUUGAAGAACAUUACCCUGGAUGUAGAAUCCUAGUCUGUAGGACAUUUCCUCCAUCGUGCCUUUUAAAGAAAUAACUUUGUUAUGUACCUAGUGACCCCACUGGCAGAACUCUCGAUAAAGUAAUUAUUGCCAUGUGUAAUUAAUUAUUCCAAUCUGGAAGAACUAUGGUGGAAAAAAUACAUUUAUCUAUGACAGACCUUAUUAUCUUGGCUCUUCACAUGAUACAAUAUUUUAUUAGAAUUAAGUUAAAAUAUAUUCAAAGUUUUGUUAAAUAAUAAAAUGGAAAUUUGGGGGCAUUUUUAACAAAUUAAAUUCCUCAACAUACUAGUCUAAAAUUUCAGAAUAUGAAUGUAUAUAAUGUAAAUGUAGAAAAGUAUUUUUGCUAAAAGUCCAAUGUGUAUCUGAUAAUACCUAUAUGUGGCCUGUAACCAUGUGUAAUGUAACCCAGUCUUUACGAAUAGUAUGUAAACACCAUUCCUAUGGCAUAUAAACUGAAAACAGCUCCUUAGAAAUUCACUUUCAAGGUUGUCAUUUUAAAGAAUUUAGGUGUAUGCAAACGUUAAGGAAAGAGCAGAAGUCCAAAAUAGAGUGUAAGCUACAAAUACUAAUCGUGUUUCAACUGCUCACCUGUGAAGAAAAUCCUUUUCAAACUAGAUUUCAUUAUGACCGAGAAACAAUGUCAGAGUCAGCAUAGACAGGCAAGAGAUCAACCACGAACAACAUGUUUGUUUCUUCUUGGAUCACUAAAGUGGGUUUUGUGUUCGUGUCCGAGGAGGCAGGUAGUGUUCUUGUGUAGCUAGUGCCUGGGCGUUCAGGACAUGCCCCCGGCAAUUGUUUACUUUGUGUUUGAGUGCAGGACAACUUACUCUCCACCACCUUUGGGGUUUUACCCAUUCUGCCUCCUUUGAGUAAAUUCAUGUUUUAUAGCGAAAUGCCAAAGGGCGGGGCAUGUGCAGUGUCGGUGGAAAAUCUUUCAGUAAAUACACAUAAAAAAAAUUUGUCCCCACCCUUUCCCCCAAUUCAGCAGCAAGACACACUUCGUUAGUGUUCAUUUUUAAUGUUUUCUGUAAUUAUAAAUGUGUCAUUCUCAUAAUUGUUAUUUUAUAACCAUCAUGCUACAGGUUUUGAAAAAACGAUUUUAAUUUAAAGUACCGUCUUUUUUAUAGAUAUUUAUACUUUUGUUUUAAAUAAUUUUAAAUCAUGGAACUUGACUAUAGAUUUAGCAAUAAACAUAC